AUGGCGAACGAGGACGUUGCCGGUGUCCAGGUCUACAAAAGGCUAGUGGACAGUCUCCUGGAUCGCGCCACGCAGGUCAAGCCCGACAAGCAGAUCGAACCCCCUUUGACCGAAACACACCUGGGCGAAUCGAUAUGGCAAGUGCCGUCUGAGGAUGACAAGGCUACAAAGCACUUGAGCCCACAGACCAAGCUUGCGGCAGUGGAAAUCGCGUUUCGCGAGAAGUUCUAUCGCGUUUUGGCCUCGACUUCCAUCGAUGACCCUGCUUUCAUUCAAAUCUGGAACCUCCUUGACAUCGUCUCGAUCUUUUCUGAUAAUGAACAAUGCGAACCCGGUCUGAUUUUCUGGCUCAUUGAAGAGCUAUUGGAUAGUCAAACCAUUGAUGGUUGCCGCAACGUGUUCGACUACUUAGAGUCCCGAAGGGAAAGGAAUACCAAGAAACAUUUCAAACAGAAAAGCUUAGUUAUUCUACGAUCAUGCAACGAGCUUCUUCGUCGGCUCUCGCGCGCAGAAGAUACAGUGUUUUGCGGCCGGGUGUUUAUCUAUCUCUUCCAGAGUUUCCCACUUGGAGACAAGAGUUCGGUUAACCUUCGCGGCGAGUUCCACUCUGAGAAUGUUACGACUUUUGACGAAAUUGCGAAAGAGUCUACCGAGAAGCAGGAGCAGGACACAACAAUGACUGAAGGGGUUGAACCCACGGCAGCCGGAGAGGCAGCGGCGGGCCAGGCUGAGACCUCGAAAGUGCCCAAGGUUGUUGUUUCUACUGGUGAUGAGAAGAAACCAGAUAAUGUCGACUUGAAUGCGCUCUAUCCGCUCUUCUGGAGCCUUCAGGCCUAUUUCUCCGCACCGAGCAAGAUGUUCGACGCUGAACGGUUUACAUCAUUCAAGACUGGAAUGGAAGCUACGCUGGCUGCGUUCAAGAACAUCAAUACUGAGAUGGAAAACGAGAGCUCUGCCCGAGCCUCAGAAGAUGCCCGCAAGUCGAACAAGCGCAAACGCAUCGCGGACGGUACUGAAGUCGCCACUAGCUUCAACCCGAAGUACUUAACCAGCCGGGAUUUGUUUGACCUCGAAAUCAGCGAUACUGCCUUCCGACGACAUGUUCUUGUCCAGGCUCUUAUCCUGCUCGACUUUGUGCUUUCUCUCACAUCAAAGUCCAAAUCACGUCUGACCAAUACGACGAAUAAAUCCGUUCUCUACGGUUUCACUUUGAACGAGGAGGAUACCAAGUGGGCGACCAGCAUGCGAAAAGGCAUCGAGGGGUAUCUGCAACAAGGGCCCGGGGGCAAGUUCUACUAUCGCAUGGUGGACACGGUCUUGUCUCGAGACAAGAACUGGGUGCGGUGGAAAGCCGAGGGCUGUCCAUUGAUUGAACGACCGGCCAUCUCGGCAGCGGAGUAUACGACUUCCCGCGACCAUGCUACCAAAGCGUAUGCCAACAAACGCCUUCGUCCGUCCCCGAUGGGCUCUCUCGAUUUGAAGUUCCUUGCCGACACCGAGGCGCUGGCCAAUAUUGAGCGUCUCAAGGAAUCUGACCGAUACAGCGUUCCUUCCGCGGACUCGUUCUUGAAGGGCAUCAUGGAUGAUGAAAUGGACAUCGAUAUGGCGAUGACCGACGAGGACAAGGCGAUUGCCGAGGGCGCUAAAGCCAGCAAGUCCUGGCGAAUCUUACGUCUUGCUGCGAAAGGAAAGCUCGCUGCAUUCGACAAAAUAGGAGAGGGCAACAACCUACAGGUCUUGUUCGAGAGUGCUACGGCGACUGAGGAUAACAAUGAGCUCAGUUCCUCUGGUGAUACCAAGGAUAUCUCCCAGUCCCUCGAUGGACCCCAGGACCUGACUGUCGAAACCAAAGAGCCCGCUGGAGCGAGUGAGGCUGCUGAAUCCGAAGAGCCUGUUGAGGGCAAAGUCGAGACAGCUCCUGGCCGAUCUGAGAGUACUCAUGACCUCCAGGAUCUGCCCAAGGACACAGAUGAUAAGGAAAUGCAAAUCGAAAACAAAGAUGUCAUCAGCGAAGAACAGGACCCAAACACCGAUGACAACAACGAAGAGGCCCUUGCCGCCGAUAGCGCCUCGAAAGAGGACUCUGCCACGUAA